AUGGACACGGAUCAGUAUGGCACUUGGGCAGAAUUGUUCCGCAUUCAUGCAGACUCCCAGAAGGUUCUUCAUCAUAUUAAACCUUCCACGAGGAAGGCACCACCGACUCCGGUCACCGACGAUGAGAAGGAAUUAUGGAACACUCUUGACAAAAAGGUUCUUCAAUGGAUUUACUCCACUAUUUCCAUUGACCUUUUGACCACCAUUCUUGUACCUGGUUCAACUGCUAUGGGAGCCUGGAAUGAUUUGAGAGACAUUUUCCAGGACCAUCUGAAUGCUCGUGCUGUAACUCUUGAGCAAGAAUUUUCUACUACUCGCAUGGAUAACUUUCCCAAUGUCUCUGCCUAUUGCCAGCGUCUCAAGACGCUCUCUGACCAGUUGAAGAAUGUUGGCGCUCCUGUCAACAAUCACCAUCUCGUUCUUCACUUGAUUUCUGGUCUUUCUAAUGCUUAUCGUGGUGUUCCUACCCUGAUUCUGCAGAGCAAUCCUCUUCCUAUUUUCAACCAGGCUCGCUCCAUGCUCACAUUGGAAGAAUCCGGUAUGGCGAAGAUGGUGAGCCAUAGCUCUCAUGCUGCCAUGCACACGUCCCAGCCGAGUCAUUUUGAUGAUUCCUCGCAGAAUAGCAACCGUUGCUCCAACAACUGCUCUCGUUCCCGUGGAAAUCAGGGUCGUAGCGGAGGACGCGGUCACCGUGGUGGUUCUCGCCCUACUGGUCCCCCAAGUGCUCCCAAUGCCCCUCCACCGUGA